AUGGUCGUCGCGAUCGCCGGCGGCAAGGCCGAUGCGCUGGUGCCGCGGCUGGCGGGGCGCGAGGUGCUUCUCGUGUGCAUGGACCAGGUGGUCUGCUGCGACGGCGCCGUGCGGGAGAAGCCCGAGGGCGAGGAGCAGGCGAGGGCCUACUUGGAGUCGUACCGGCAGGGCAAGGGUGCGACGUGCGUCAACGGGAUAGUGGUGCACAGCACGGCAACUGGCAAGCGCGUCACUGGGGUGAACAAGGCGACCGUCUUCUGGAAGCCCUUUCCCGAUGCUGUGAUAGAUCAUUUGCUGCAGAAGGGCGACAUCUUCACUUGUGCAGGCGGCUUCGUUGUGGAAGAUCCUGAGCUCAGUACAUAUCGGGACCGAAUAGAGGGCACGAUUGAAGCCGUUGAGGGCCUGCCCAUCAAACCGCUGCGGGAGUUACUUUUGCUAGCAGCGGCACCCACCGUGACACACGUUCUCUUCGAUAUGGACGGCCUGCUGCUGGACACGGAAAGCGCUUACACCGUGGCGCAACAGGAGAUUGUCGACCGUUGGGGGAAGACCUUCACUUGGGACUUAAAGUCCAAGAUGAUGGGCAGGAAAGCGUUGGAAGCAGCGCAGAUCUUGGUGGACGAUCUCGGCUUGCAAGGAAAGAUCACCGCAGAAGAAUUUGUAACCGAGAGGGAGAAGAAGCUGGAUGUGCUGUUCGCGAACAGUUCGUUGCUGCCCGGAGUGGAGAAGUUGAUACGUCAUCUGAGCAAGCACAAGGUGCCCAUGGCUGUAGCCACCUCGUCGCACCGCAGGCAUUUCGACCUCAAGACUGGCAAGCAUAAGGAAUUAUUCGGCCUGAUGCACCACAUUGUGACAGGAGACCAGGUCGAGAAAUCUAAGCCAGCCCCAGACAUUUUCCUCACUGCGGCCGCCCAGUUCGAGGGUGACACCCCCGACCCAGGCUCCGUGCUGGUCUUUGAGGACGCCCCGAACGGAGUGGAGGCAGGGCGAGCUGCUGGCAUGCAGGUCUGCCACGUGCCAGACGCCAACCUGGGCAUCGACCAGCGUGGCGGCGCGCACUGCGAGCUGGCCUCCCUGGAGCAGUUCCGGCCGGAAGACUGGGGCCUUCCGCCUUAUUGA